AUGCAGUUCACCAUCGCCACCAUCAUUGCCUUCGCCGCCGCCGCCCAGGCCGGCCCCCUCGCUCGCCGCGACCAGUGCAACACCGCUCCCUCCGCGGCUGCCAACGCCGACGUCGCUCCCUUCUCCCAGCCCACUGCUGCCACCGCCGACGCCUGCCAGAAGCUCUGCGAGGCUGAUGCCUCUUGCCAGGCCUUCGUCUUCGGCCUCCCUGAGUCUGGCAACACUCCUCUCUGCUGGCUCUACAACGUUCCCGCCGCCCAGAUCCCCACCCAGUCCAACGCCAAUCUGAAGGUCUUCGACAAGGCCUGCACUGGUGUUCCCACCACCGCCCCUACCCAGGCCGACAACGGCUCCUCCAACAACGGCGCCGCCACCAACAACGGUGAUGCCAACGCCAACAACGGCCAGAACCAGGACCAGCCCAAGAAGCGCAACGUCUGCGGCGCCGCCCCCACCGGCCCUGCCACCAGCUCCCCCACUCCUCUCCUGACCCGCGAGGACAUCACCACCCAGGACGCCUGCCUUGCUCUCUGCAAGCAGACCUCUGGCUGCCAGGCUGUCGAGUUCGGCAAGCCCUCCGCCAACGAGCCCGUUGAGUGCCGCCUCUUCAACGUCCCCGCCUCCCAGCUCCCUGCCCCCACCGACGGCCAGACCUUCGUCGCCUUCGACACCGCUUGCUAA